AUGAAGGGCGAAUUUGAGAUCCCAGCAGCUAAACGACAGCGUCUCGAAACUGGGUUAGCCACCAGCAAAGGUCCAGGUUCAAGACUCUUUGCGCCAUUCAGGACAAUAGGACUUGUAUCGCCGACUCAAGUACCCUUCACCUCUGUACCCUUGGGCAAAACCACGUUCCAGAUCACGACUUCUGUCGGACGUAGCUUACAGACCUACGACUUACGACGAGGCUUGAACCUAGUCUUCAUCAGCAGUCCUCUAUGUCCUCAUACGAUUACGGCAACGUGCGCCUAUCGGGAUCGAGUCUUGGUGGCAUGGGGUCAUGAGAAUGCGCAGCGUGGUAGUGGAGUCUGGGUCUUCAGAAGAGGCAGGUUGGUCGCUCAGCUCGAGCAGCCUCAAUCGCCUGACCAGGCUUUUCACAAAGUCCUCGUGCUUGGAAACUGGAUUGUCGGAUGUGGGCGGAAAACAGUUGAAGUAUGGAAGAACGAUUCCUAUGAGCACUACACAUCAAUAUCAUCCACAAACAGUACUUCGCAACACGCAGAUUUUACUGCUCUUUGCACCCUCCCAACCUUUGUCAAUAAGAUCUUCGUGGGCAAGUCUGAUGGUCAGCUCGACAUCUGCAAUGUAUCCACUGGCAAACUUGUCCAUACCAUUACUUCAGACUCUUCUACCUCAGGCUCCGUUACAUGUCUAUCCGCCGCUCCUGCCGUAGGUCUAUUAGCAGUUGCACAUGCCGACGGUACACUAAAGAUAAUUGACGCCGAGACUGAGGAGGCCGUUACCCGAUUCGUGCAAUCAGAUAGAAGUAAGGCAACUACGAGCAUCGCGUUCAGAACGGACGGUCAAGGUGCUGGUGAUGAUGGCCGUGACGAUGGUAUCAUGGCGACUGCCAGUAACCAGAGUGGCGACAUUACCCUUUGGGAUCUGAACAGAGGCGGCAAAAUAACCGGUGUGCUUCGAGGCGCUCACGAGACCUCGUCGUCGACUAUUGCUUCCGGGAUUUCUGGUAUUGAGUUCCUGUCUGGGCAGCCUGUCCUUGUUUCCUCUGGUCUAGACAAUGCACUGAAGUCGUGGGUUUUCGACCAAGUACCGUUCUCGCCCAUCCCACGAAUUUUACACUCAAGAAGCGGUCAUGCUUCUUCCAUUACGAAUCUCAAAUUUCUUCCUGCCGCUACCGAUGGCUCUGAAGCGAGUGGCAAAUGGUUACUUUCGGCCGGCAACGACCGCAGUCUGUGGGGUUUCAGUUUAAGAAGAGAUGGUCAGAGCACUGAGUUAAGCCAGGGGAAUAUCAAGCACAAAGCGAAGAAGGUUGGGAAAAUGAUAAUCGACGAGGCUAACGUCGAGGAUUUUAAAUGUCCCCCCAUCACAGGUGUUGCUUGCAGUCUGAAUCGAGAUGGUGGUAUGGGCGGUGUCAAUGGUCCAGUUUGGACGAAUCCUUCUUUCACCAACGCUGAAGAGUCGAACAUGAUAGGCUGGGAAAGUGUUGUGACAUCUCACCAGAACGACAAAUACGCCAGAACUUGGUUCUGGGGCCGUAAGAAGGCUGGUCGUUGGGCUUUUGAAACUGGCGACCACGAAGCUGUGACUAGUGUUGCUGUCACUGCAUGCGGCACUUUCGCUCUUGUCGGUUCUGCAAAAGGCAGUCUCGACAUGUUCAACCUUCAAUCUGGUGUACAUCGACAAAGGUUUCCACCUCGACUAAAGGCGGGACAGGCAAAGCAGCUGAGAAUUGGUCAAAUGAAUUCAAACCAGCUCGCUAAAAUUCACAAAGGUCACUCUGAUGCUAUAACAGGUAUCAUCGUUGACAAUCUGAAUCAGACUGCUGUCUCCACCUCAUUGGAUGGUCAUAUUAUCUUCUGGCAAUUCAUCACUGGUCAAGCUCAGGAGCGGAUCAAGCUUGAUGGCGCUCCAAUCUCUGUAAGAUACAAUUCUGUAUCUGGUCUGAUGUCCGUGGCUUGCGACGACCUCUGCAUCAGAAUCAUCGACAUUGAGACAAGAAGAGUGGUUCGUGAAUUGUGGGGUUGUGUCGGACAGAUCUACGAUCAUUGUUUCUCUCACGACGGUCGUUGGGUCAUUACUGCCUCGAUGGAAUCCGUAUUACGUGUUUUUGACUUGGCUACAGGUCAUCUUAUCGACGCAUUCAAGACGGAAACAUGCACCAACGUUGCCUUUUCGAGUACCGGCGAAUUCCUCGCGACUGCUCACGCUGGCAAUAUCGGGAUCAAUAUAUGGAACAACAAGUCCCUAUUCUCGCACAUCUCGUCACGGCAAAUAAACGAGGAAGAAGAAGUUAUUGACUUGACCAACGCUGCCGAAUUCGAGGUAACCAGCCAGCUUGCUACCAUGGACGACACGAACACAGAAGAGGAUGUCACAGCACAACUUGGAAGCAAUCACUCAAUCGAUCAGCUCGACGCGUCUUUGCUGACUCUUUCUCUGCUUCCACAAUCGCGCUGGCAAACUCUACUGCAUUUGGAGACUAUACGUCAACGAAAUAAACCCAUACAGCCACCACAGAAGCCAAAAGCCACACCUUUCUUCCUUGGAUCUGCGCUAAGCGAUGGUGCAGCCACAACAGACGUGCCAGCAACGCAGCCGAUAGCUCAAGAUACAGCUUCCGAGGUCGCUGGAUCGAGAAUCUCGCGCCUUAGCUCCUUACAACCUGUCAAGUCUCUCAUAUCUACGCAUCUGGAAACAUUCACGGCUACCUCUCAUUCUGAUGAUCUGGUCGCAUACCUAUCUGGACUGUCACCAUCAGCAGCAGAUCUUGAUAUACGAUCACUGAGCAUGCAAGAAAUGGCAGUAUUCGUCCGUGCUCUCAUAGCUCAUCUGAAGCAACGUCGCGAUUUCGAGCUUGUAAAUACCUGGAUGGCCGUGCUUCUCAAACUACACGGAGAGUUUGUUAGUGGUAUCGACGAACUGCGGUUAGCUGUGGCAGAGUUUCAGAAAGCUAUGCAAAGUGAGGAAGCACGGCUGAGUCAAUCGGUGGGCUGGGCUAGAGGUGUUGUCGAGUUUCUGCGAAGCUCUAGAUAA